AUAUUUGUUCCCGAACCUUCUCUUCGAAGUGACCAUUUCUCGCCGGAGUAGAUUCAAUCGGGAAGAGCCCAUCAGGGCUCUCUGAAAUGCAUAUGACCUUCAAGCUUCUCAUCAUCGGCGGCGAGGUUGUUGAAGAGGAAGGCGAGUGGGAGAAAGAAAGGUAGAUACUGAUCUGGGAAGGGAAUUGAAGCAGUUAUCGGUUUCGAAGCUUCGCGAAAUUCUGUACCUCUUGCAGAUUCGAUUCGUUCCGCAAAAGUCUCUCCAUAUCAUCCGUUAAAUUGCAUAAAUCCCUGAAGGGCGAGGUUUCGUCUGGACUGGGGAGUGCUGUGAGAAUGGCGGCUGUGACGAUUAGGGAGGCGGCGCAGGUGAACACGAUGGAAUCACAUACGGCGGAUGCAGCGGCGUCGGAUGCGGCAGCGAGCACAAACGAGGUGGUGUUCGCGAAAUGCGAAUGCUGCGGAUUGACGGAGGAGUGCACGGAGGCAUACGUAGCGAAGGUCCGAGAGAGGAACCAGGGGCGGUGGAUUUGCGGACUGUGCGCGGAGGCGGUGAAGGACGAGGUGGUGAGAUCGGAGCGGCGCAUCGGCAAUGAGGAGGCUUUGAAUCGGCACAUGACAUUCUACAAGGAGUUCAAAGCUCAGAAUCCGCCGCCUAAUCCGACGGAGGAGCUGAUAUUGGCCGUGAAGCAGCUACUGCUGCGGAGCUUGGACUCCCCGCGAUCAAGUCCUGUGAGGAAGCAAACUUUUCUCCGAUCUCAGAGCUGCUUUUCUUCAAUUGAUGGGUGAACUUGCUGCAUUUCUUCCUUCAACAAAAGGUCGUAAUGUCUGCAAUCACUACCAUCUAAGUAUCUAGUGCUGGAAUAAAAUGAACAGAGUAGAUAUGUUCAUAAAUCAAAAUCCGUGUGUGUAUAUAAAGCAUUGCUGAGUAAGGGUAUUAAUUAUAUUCCAUUCAAUUGAAUCAGGUUAUUAUUUUGUUGUUGUUUCUUAUCUGAAUUUCAUGGAAUCCGUUGCACUCUACAUUCUCUAUAUAAAUUGUUUAUUUUUUGCAAAAGAAA